AAAAUGUAAACCAUGCUCGGAGCAAACGACAGCCGGCAGCAGCAAUCCUCUCCAAAGUUAUUGUCUGUAUGGGCUUCAUCAUGAGUAUCAUAUACAGAAAUAACCGGCUGGUGCCAGCCAUCAUUAUCACAGCCUGUUUAUGGUUGUUUAUUCUCUUUCUAGAUCCCGUCAACAUCAGGUUUCAUGAGCGCGAGACUGAGGAGGCGACAAGGGUGGUCCAGAUUAUACACGAUGCGCCACAGAAAGAUGUAGCGAGUUUGUCGGCAGAAAUACCACCACCACCACCAGCAGCAGAAGAUGGUGGUGAAACGCACGUCUCUACAUCUUCGAACUCAAUUGCUGAGGACGAUGACGAGGAUGAACAAGACAGCUCUUCUUGGACGCCGCCAAAACAACCCAUUGACGGACAGCUCUCACCUGAAGACGUUCUCCUCAUCGUCAAGACCGGCGGCACGUCCAUGUGGAAGCGCCUCCUGAUCCACCUGACGACCACACUCGCCCCAGAACGCAUCCCGCUCAAAAACACCGUCAUCUACUCCGACAGCCCAGACACUAUCGGCGCCUACCAGGUCAUCGACAUCCUCGCCAACACGUCAAGCACCACUCUCAGCUCGUCCGCGUUUGAGGUCUACCACUCCCAGCGCGAGUACGGCGCCAACAACGUCUACGUAGAGGCCGCGGGUGUCGAUGGCGACGACUGGGGCCCGCAGGGCGGCUGGGUCAUCGACAAGUACAAAUUCGUGCCGCUUGUCCAGCACGCAGGCGAGAACUGGCCCGACGCCAAGUGGUACAUUUACACAGAGGACGACACGUACAUGUUCCUGCCCAACUUGCUGGGCUAUCUCUCGCAGUUCGACCACACCAAGGCGCAUUGGCUGGGAAGCUACGCCGCCAAGUCGGACGUGGUCUUCGCCCAGGGCGGGGCCGGCUUCGCUCUCAGCAGAGGCGCGUGGGAGAAGAGCUUCGGACGGAACCCGAGCAUCUCUAGAGAGUAUGAACAGUACACGGCGGAUCACUGUUGUGGCGACCAGGUGCUGGGCCACGCACUGAACCGGUACGGCGUGCACCUUGGUGAGAACGGCGGCGACGAGACGUUUCGGUACGGCUUCAACCCCUUGGUGCACUGGACUUUCUCAUUUGAGAAAUGGAGCUGGUGUUUGCCUGUCUACUCAUGGCACAAGGUGCAUGCGAGGGACGUGGCCAGAUAUUACGAGCUCGAGCAGGCCUGGGACUUUACUAAACCAUUGACUCAUGGGGAUUUCUUUAUGCACAUGAUCGCGCCCGACCUGGAGAGGAGAAGGGAAUGGUGGGACAACAUGUCAAGCAAGUUCAGCGUCACCUCGGCGAACAAGGACGACCCGCCCAUGCCUGAGUCAGUGAAGGAUGUCAAGACCUGGAAGGCUGCCUGGAAUGACGUCGAUUCGUGUGAGGCUGCUUGUCAAGCGUGGGACGAAUGCACUCAGUGGAGUUUUGUGGAGGAUCUCUGCAAAAUGGACGACAAGGCUGUGAUGGGCAAGGGAUACGCACCCGAGAUGUCCCAGAGGAAGACUGCACUCAUGACCACGAGCGGAUGGGUAAAAGAAAGGAUUGCCCAAUGGAGCUCUCACUGCACCACAAGCGUAUAAUAAUUAAAUUAGAAGAUAGAAUUGAAUCAACUUUACACCAAUGUCACCAACG